GAAAAGCAGGUGAGGUGAUUUCUUUUGGUUUUGUAUUUCUAAUUCUACCCGGCCAAUUCCAAUUUCCAAAUUCCAAGUUGGAAGGAGCUGAGGCUGAGAGGGAAGAGCCGCCAUAACUGAUAGCACUGAGCAAAACAGGAAAUCAAUCGGGCAUGGUGAAUAAGCCAUGGAGAAUUAUCCCCAGACCUGUAAUGGAGGCCGCGCUCAGUAACUAUGCCCAGAACCCCCGCGUCCCGCAGCCCCUCAUUCUCCAUGGCCCUCGUGGAGUCGGCAAAACCACUCUCAUACUUGAACGUCUUUUCGGCAAAUGGAACACCGGCCCUCACGUCACAGGCUACGUGGACUUUGCGGAAUCGAUAAAGGAUCACCACCCCACCUUCGGCCCCUCUUUCCCUUGGACUUCCUGGUCCAAAUGCUCGCCUCCGCCGCUAUCCACUCUCCGGGCCCAGCUGGAGAGCUGCCUUGAAUCGUUGGCUUGGAAGGGCAUCAAGCUCAGCACCAUAAGCUCUCACCAGAUAUUUACAGCGCUUAACAAAUGGCACGGACUCGCCGCCGCUCUUGAGCAGAUCCUGAGUGCUGAUGAUUCGUUGGGUCCCAGAACCGCUAGGGUUCCCUCUGCAUUGAAUUUGUGGGAGAGGGCGGUGUUAACGGCAUCUGCUCGACUAAAUGCCGAAGAGAUUGGUGGGUUGGAUGGGGAGGCGGAGGAGGGGUCUUAUACCAGGGAAUCAUUAGCGGCCUUGAAGCUGGCCAAGGCAGUAAUUAGGGUGCAGCAAAAGUGGAGGCAUAAUGCAAUCAAGCAUUUGAAUCAGACUGGUGGGUUUUCAAGGUCCUUGGCAAACUCUACUACAGACUGGCCUUGUUUGUUGUUGGAACUCUUGUCUUCAGCAGCUGAAGUCGACUAUUUUCAGCCAAAGUUGGUUAUAAACAACAUUGAAGUUUUAAAGAAUGCUGUAUUAAAAGAUGAUUCUUCAGUCUCUGCAUCUAUGUAUCAUGACAGUUUGAUAUGGAGAAUAAUAGCAUUGGGAGCAAAUGAGAGAUGUCUCCCGAUUAUUUUUGCAACAUCAGAUAGCUAUUAUUCAUAUCGUGCUUAUAUAGAUUUUGGCUUUCCAGACAUCUUCAUCUCUCGUGAGAUGUUUGGAUGGACUGCUGAACAAGCUAAAAUACAUUUGGUUGGUCAGUAUUUUGACCAGCUUGAGUGUAAUGUGAUUUUUCAGCUCUUAGGAGGAAACAUAAGGCAUCUCCUUGAGGUUUAUGCGCUGACAAUAAGUAACUAUUACGAGCAGAUAAUAAAUUCCGGGGGUACAUUUCAGGACAUUGUGGAAGCAUACCUGGCAUAUCUACAAAUAACAGUGGUUAAUCCUGCCAUGGAUGAGGCAUUACUAAGUCUGCAGAAGUUUGCAAGUGAUGCACAUAGUGGACGAAUUCCAAAAGACAAAUUGUGUUUUGGAGCUCCUUGGAGAAAUCUUCCGCAUACUGGUGACGAGGCCUCUUGUCGUGAGUGGGCUAAGAUUCAACUAAUGGACUUUCUUCAGUCUCUAGUCAAUGCAGAAUUUGGGCUAAAUUACCUAAAAGAAUGCAGUCUUGAAAUUUUCGAUGAUCCAUGUGCUGUUGCAUUAAUAGAGGUUGGCUUGCUUUAUGUGCAACGGGAUCUACCCCUUAUUCGCCCUGUAUCUCGGGGCAUUCAGAGGUGCAUGAUCAGAUGGCUUAUUCAGGAGCAAAUGGAAAUGAGCUUCAAGAACAUGUUGCAGUUUAAAUGGCAGCGAGUUAUGCGAGGCAGGAGUUAUCGUCAUCUAUUGAAGCAUGUUGAUACGCACCCAAAAGCAACAUGAUAAAGGAAGGAUGCAAAUCAGGCAAAUCAGAAUAUACAAGGGAAGGCUUAACUCAAGGGAUUUGACAGAAAUACAUCAGAGGCAUAAUCAUCUCAACAAUCAUCUCCUUUUCUAUGAUUAUUUAUUUCCUAGCCCUAUAAAUUAGAAUCUCUAGAUGAGAGUAAAUGCGAUUAUGCCAACUACUUUUCAUUUGGUAUUAUUGAGCAUAUCUUUCGAUGAGUUAAGCAAAUUUUGCUUUAGGCUUCACAUCACACAAUAAUCUGUUGAAAGCAUUGCAUAAUCUGUUUUUUCUUCAA